AUGACGGGGACUUGCCGCCUCGCCCGCCUGCAGCAUGCUACGUUAGAGAUAGCCUGCGCCAGAACGGUGGCUGCGCCCGAUGUGCGUGUACAGGGGACAGCGGGAGCGGUGGUCUGGGUGCAGGGGAUGGAUACUCCAUCUGGGUUGAAGACAAACACCUUAAACGAAACUCUCACCCCUGCUGUUCCUGAAACUAAGAAACCCGCAAGCCCCGAAUUGGGGUCCGAUUUCCCUCGUGCACGUUCUGGCUCAAAGAGCAUUGAGAGCCUGGGUCUACCGCCUCUCCCCAUGAAAAACGGCAAGGCAAGUUCCUCUUCUAACUAG